GUCAAUAUCAAACCAAAAAAAAUCUAUGGUACAAAACCCAAAAAUUCUCAAAUCUCCAUUUCCCCAUCUCUCCUCUCCCCUUCCCUUAGAAAAUGUUCCUUUUCUCUAUCUUAAAGAGAAAAACAGCACUCAAUCUCCUCAUAGUAUUUCAUGUUCUUGUUUUCAUGUCUUGUUGUAGUGUCCAAGGCAAGUGCAGAUCUGGUUGUGACCUUGCCUUAGCUUCAUACUACGUAUCCGACGAUGCUUCCGAUGAUAUUGACAAUAUCAGCACCAUCUUCAAACUUAAAAUCUCCGAAAUUCUUCCCUACAAUCCCCAAAUCAAGAAUCCAGAUUACAUCGCGACCGAUGACAGAAUCAAGCUGCCAUUCUCGUGUGACUGUCUGAACGGUGAUUUCUUGGGUCAUACCUUUAGUUACAUUACCCGGUUCGGAGAUACCUAUGACAAGGUUGCUCAGAUGGUUUAUGAUAAUCUCACCACCGAGGAUUGGGUGCGUAGGUUCAAUAUUUAUGAUGAAUUCCAUAUUCCGGACUAUUCUCCGAUCAAUGUGACGGUGAACUGCUCGUGCGGGGAUAGAAGGGUGUCGAAAGAUUAUGGGUUGUUCAUGACUUACCCUCUCCGGCAGGGGGAGAACUUGUCGACUGUCGCGGCGGAGGCUGGGGUGUCGACGGAGAUACUGAUCGGGUAUAAUCCGGGGGUCAAUUUUAGUGCGGGAAGUGGACUCGUGUUUGUACCGGCAAAAGACCAGUAUGGGACCUUUCCACCACUAAAGAUCAGGGCAGCUGGAAUUAAACGAGGAGUCAUUGCAAGCAUAUCUGUAGCUGUUGUCACUGGGGCUUUGCUUUUUUCAGUUUGUCUGUAUGUCAAACUCUAUAAAAGGAAGAAAGUAGAAGAGGCAUCUCAUCAAGAACAUUACUCUCACAUGGAUUUAGGCUCUGGAAGUACCCUGAAGAAAAAAUCAGAAACAACUGCUCUUGUUACUUCUCCUGGGCCCACUAGUAUCACAGUGGACACAUCUGUGGAAUUCUCAUAUGAUGAGCUAGCAAAGGCAACUGAUGACUUUAGCAUGGCUAAUAAAAUCGGACAAGGUGGCUUUGGCUCUGUUUACUAUGCAGAAAUAAGAGGCGAGAAAGUUGCAAUCAAAAAGAUGAAAAACCAAGCAUCAAAACAAUUUCUAGCUGAAUUGAAGGUUUUGACACAUGUUCAUCACUUGAAUCUGGUGCGCUUAAUUGGAUAUUGUAUGGAGGGUUCCUUAUUUGUGGUUUAUGAAUUCAUGGAGAAUGGUAAUUUAAGUCAACAUUUGCGUGGUUCAGGAGGGGAUCCACUAUCAUGGCCAACAAGAGUGCAAAUUGCCUUGGAUUCAGCUCGAGGACUUGAAUACAUUCACGAGCACACCGUCCCUGUCUAUAUUCACCGUGACAUUAAGUCAGCAAACAUAUUAUUAGACCGAAACUUUCGAGCCAAGGUCGCUGAUUUUGGGUUAACCAAACUAUAUGAAUAUGGAAAUUCCUCAUUGCAGACGCAAUUUGUUGGUACUUUUGGUUAUAUGCCUCCAGAGUAUGUGCAAUGUGGUGGUGUUUCUCCUAAGGUGGAUGUCUAUGCCUUUGGAGUUGUCCUCUACGAACUCAUAUCUGCAAAAGAGGCUGUUAUCAAGAUCAAUGAAGAUGCCACAGAAACAAUGGGACUUGUUGCUUUGUUUAAGCAUGUUCUAAGUGAGCUAGAUUCAAAAGAAGAUCUUCGUAAACUGGUUGAUCCUAAGCUUGGUGAUAAUUACACCAUGGAUGAAGUCUUCAAGAUGGCAUAUCUUGCCAGAGCUUGUACACAAGAAAAUCCACAACAUAGACCAAGCAUGAGGUCAAUUGUUGUUGCACUUGCAACGCUAUCAUCUUCCAACGAGGAUUGGUUGAAUCUUUUUAUGAAAAUAAAGCCUUAGUUAAUCAAAUGUCUGGAAGGUAGAUUCUACGUACUAAAACCUUUUUUGGUAAUUUCUAGAGAAACUAAUAUCAUUUUUCGUAACAUGUUAAGAGUACCUUUGUGUAGUAAACUAGAUUAAGAAUCUUUUAUAGGAAGAAAGCUUCUGGCUUCUU